AUGAGCAAUAAUUAGGAAGAUUAUGACCAGCUAGAAGAUCCUUAUGCCAUUUUGAAUGUACCAAUAGAUGCAGAUUAAAAGCAAAUAAAAGAGAAGUAUUACGAAUAUUCAAGAGUAUUUCAUCCAGAUAAGUAGCAACCCCAUCUUUAUUUAGAAUCUAGAUCAUAAUUUGAGCAAAUAGAUAAAGCUUAUAAAGCAAUUUCUAAUCCUUUUUUAAAGCUUAUAUAUGAUAAUUAUGGCUAUCCAGGAGUCGUUAUCUGUAACGAGCAUUCUAAUAAAUUCAUUGACUUAGAAGAAUAGUACGUUUAAACAUACGAGCAGAGAUUAAACCAUAAGCACGAAUACAAGCUAAGAUUGCAAGAAUUAAAAAAAGAAAUUUUACAGAGAAUGAACCAUUUAUAUGAUUUGUAUAGAGAAGAGAGAAGCUACAUAAAUUGCUAUAGAAAUAUUUAAAUUAAUGCAGAUUUUAGUGCUAUUUAAUUUAUACAAAAUGCUCAUCCUAAUAAUCCAAACUAAUCUAAACAGCUAAUUCUAACGAGACUGAGUUUCAUUCCUAUGCUUUACCUUCCAGAAAUUAAAAAAUAUCAAAUUUAGCAAGAAUUAGGUUUUUCUGCAAGUGCAGCUGGUAUUUUUGGGUAGUAACAAGAUUUUAAUGGUGGCUUUUUGUAUAAACUUUCUAAAAAAUUACCUUAAGAAAUGAAAUAUUUAGGAGGAAGUGACAUAAGAGGCAGCUUUUUCCACUCUUAUAAAUCUACUGAAGGAUCUCUUGAAUUAGCUACAACUCCAUAUAAAGAUUUGAAUAUAACUUUUAGUGGAAGAGUUGGUUAAUUUGGAUUUCUUCCUAUAAUUACUUUCAACAGAAGCAUCAGUAAUACUUUUUCAGUUAACUCUUAAAUCAGUGCUCAUGGAGGAUAAAUUAAUGAUUUAAAUUAUGGUUUUGUUAAGGUGUUCUCUAAUCCGAGAAUCAGACUUGAUUUUGAUGGAAAUAUAAAUGAAAAUGAAGCUAAUACAGAGGUUUUGUUGAGUAGAGACAUAACUAAAAAAUUCUCAAUUCUUGGAGGAUUCGUCUAGAAAGGUGAAAAAAAACCAUAAUACUGGAAAUUGAAAUUGUAUGCUUGCAUUGGCUGGAAAAUGGCAUUUAACUCUCAUAACUUUUUAGAAGUUAGAUCCUGUUUUGGCAUGGGUAACAACGAAGUUUAAAUUAGAUUUAAAAGAAACGGACUCAUAUGUUCUCUUCCUAUUUCUCUUGGAGCUUAUCCAACUAUUAAAGCUGUUUCAUAUUCUAUUUUAUCAUGCUUGUUAAGUGGCUAUGGUAUUUAUCGCUACUAAUUAUUGAAGAAGAAUUCAAAGAAAAAUUAGAUGAUCUUAAUUAAAAAGAAUAAAAAUAGAUUGGUUGAUGAAAAAAAAAUAUUUAGUUCAUAUUAUAGCGAUCUUGUCAUGAAAAAUGAAGAAAAAUUAAAUUUAGAAAUUUCAAAUGAUGGUCUUGUUAUUCUAAAGGCUUAUGGUGGUGAAAAAAGAAAGAUCGAAAAUAUUAAGAAAAUAUUUUAAAAUAAAGAAAAUAAAUUGCCAUAUCUUGUUAAUGAAGAUAUAAUGAAAAACGCAAUAAAUAGAUAAAUAGAUGUUGGCUUAGAUCUUGAAGAUAUUCUUUGUGAAGUAGUAGAAAUGACUCCUUACAUUUAAAAUUUAGUUAGUCAUUCUUACAUAGAUUUAACAUAUACAGAAAUUGCAAACUAGUAAGGAUUGUUUAAUCCAUGCAUUGAAGUUACUACUCCUACUGCUAUGUAUAUUCAAUACUCUUAUAAAGGUAUAGUUAAUGAUAUAAUUAUUUCCUCUGGUAGUAGACUUAGAAUAGGAAAUAUAAAUAAUAGCUCACUUUUCCAUAAAUUUAUGGCUCACUACAUUCUAAAUUCUAUCUGA